CUCCCCUUACCUUGCAGCAGAAUUAAGUGUACCCAAACCAUUCCUGAGAGGGAGUGUUUUAUGGUUAGAGUCGUCAUUUCAAAAGUUCCUCCACACUUAUCUCACUGUGACCUCUUCUUGCAGGCUGAUAAAGAAUUUGUGUGGUCUCUAUGGAAACAAUUGCAGGUGUCAAGUCCAGAUCUUACUCAAGCUGUCAGCUUGGUUGUGGAAAGAGAAAAACAGAAAGCUGAAGUCAAGGACAGAAGGGUUUUAGAGAUUUUGCAAGCCAAAGACAGCAAUAUAGAAACCCUAGAACAGAGGCUCAAAGGGCAGGAGCAGGAGAUAAACAACUUAAUACAGAGAAAAAGUGCUGUGGAUGAGGAAAAUGCCCGCUUGAAGAAUGAAUGCAGUAUCUUGAACCAGAAACUUAAAGAUAAAAGCCAAGAACUUAAGGACACUGAGGAGUGCGCACAGAGGAAGGAAGAGCAAAACAGGCUGGUUAUAAAAAACCAGGAGGAGGAAAAUAAGGGAUUAAAUACAUGCUGUGCUGACCUGAUAAAUGACCUGGAGAAACUGAGGAAGCAGGAGGCACAGUGGAAAACAGAAAAAUCUGGCAGUGAUGCCAGAAUAAAGGAUUUGGAAACUGAUUUGGCAGAGGCAAGAGCACAAAUGAAAGAGUUGCACAGUAUAUGCAGUAGCUUAUCAUCUCAAGUGGCAGUGAAACAGGAAGAACUCUCCCAAAAGAAUUGCGAUGUGUUCACAGCUAAGAAAGAGUUACAGGAACUGCAGAAUCUUUACAGAGAAAACAUUGAGCAUACAGCAGAGCAGGCUGAGCUGAUAAAGAAGCUUCAGGCUCUCAAUGCUGACACACAGAAAGUACUGAAAGACCAAGAUGCUGCUCGUACAGCUGAAACAACAUCACAUCAGAAACUUUAUAGCGAAUUGACUUCAUGUUUUGAAACUCUUAAAACAAGACAGAUUCAACUACAGCAAAACUCUGACUCUCUUCAUGAUCAGUUACUUGGGAAAGAUCAAAGGAUUUGUCAGUUACAAGAGGAACUUCAGCAAGCUCAUGAUGCUUUAAAUGCAGUACAUCAGAAUUCUCAAAAAUAUGAACUACAGAUAUUUCAACAGCCUUAUUCAAGUGAGCUAGAGUGUCUUGUUACAAGGCAAAAAAUGAAAUCAAUUUUUUACAGGAAGAAUUGAUAAAAGCAAAUCUUAGCAGAGCAUAAUUUAUAUGCUACAAAUGCUCUGGAAAGCAACUAUGUGAAAACUGGAAGAAAGCAUGAGAAACCACCUGUGAAACGUUCAAGGUCUCUGUCCCCAAAGAGCUCUUUUAGAGAGUCAGAGGAGACACAAGAAAACGAUGAGCCAAGAGCAGGCCAUGAAGAACUAAAAGAGAGGCUGCAGAUGUUACAGAUCAACUACAGAGCACUAAAAGAGCAAUUAAAGCAGUGGGAAGAGGGUGAUAGCAGGACUGGAAGUAAAAGUAGUAAAAGCAGAUACCAGCAUGCAGAUCCCUGUCAGCUUUGUCAAGAGGAUUUUGAUGCCGUGCGGAAUGAACUGGCUUUUUUCAAAAGGGAACACAAAAAACUGUUGAUUGAAAAACUGAAUCUUGAAGAAGAAUUGGAUCAGAUGAAAGAACACCAAUCUGUGGAACCACUUCUUAAACUUGGGGAGGAUGAUGUGGUCAAGAACAGUACUCCAAAGAAGAAUAUGAAAGAAGUUUCACAUCAGACGUUACAGAAGAUACAACAACUAGAAAGAAGAUUCAGAGCUAUUGAAGAGGAAUUAAAGAAACAGAAAGAAGUAAAUAAGGACUUACUGAAGGAGAAAAAUUAUUUGAAAGCAUCUUUAGAAGUGCAAAAGGAAGAUGCAGGCACAAGAGAAAGAGAGCUGGAAACUCUACUUAAGAAAAAUUUUGAAAUAAAAAAAGACAAAGCAGAACUUCAGGUAGUGAUUGAUGAGCUGGAAAAAGAAGCUAAUUCUUUGAAGAAGCAAGUGGCAGAAGCUAACAGGUUGAGAAAUGAAAAUGAAGAUUUGCUGAGUCAAGUGCAGGAGCUGAAGUGUUUGCUGGAUGAAGCCAAAGCAAUGGCAACCUCUGGGCAAUGUAAUUGCAACAUAACAGGCACCGAAGUUAAUUUAAAGACAACUGAGAAAAAAUGCUCUUUGGGACAUCAUGGAGCUUUUCUGAAACAGUCCAUCAAGGUUAUGAGUAAUGUAUUUGAGAACUUCAGUAAGGACGGCUGGGAAGAUGUGAGUGAAAGCAGUGACUCCGAAACACCAAGUUCUGAAACUUUGGGAAAUGUGAUUAUGAAGACAGUGCAAAACAUUGAUCCACAGCCAGAUGGAAGUAAACAACAUAGAAAAAACCAAAUUCAAGAUAGUCAAAAUCCCUGCAACAUUGUUCAUUUAGAAGGCAAAACCCAGAAGUACAAUAAAAAGGGCCAUUCACUGAAUAAAAACCUGGAAAAGUUACAUUUCAGGAGAAGGAGAAUCGGCUGUCUCACACCAUCUUAUCCAUCAAUUCUAGCCAAAGUGAGCAGAACAAAGAGGAGAUAUAUGAUUGUCCAGAAACAAGGCCACAGUGUUAGUCUACUGCAAGCAAGAAUUAAGUCAUUGCAGCAGCAGGUAGCUGCUUUACAGAAUGAGAAAAUGACAGCAAUGUCUUCUGUGGAGGGAUUGAAGGAAACCAAUGAAAAGGUAACAACUCAGCUACAUUUGGCUGAUCGGAGUCUUCAAACAAGCAAACUUACAGUAGAGUUGCUGACCUCCAAACUGGCCAGCUGGCAACAGGAGAAGGAAGAUUUACAAAGAAAAUUGAAGAUGAGAGAACAUCUGUCUCAAACUGCUAGCAAGAGUGAAGCCACACUCACUCCUUCAAAGAACAUUGAUUCAGAGAUGAGACAGCGACAGUGCAAACUAAAGAAUUCGAAUAAUGAAAUCACUAAGCAACUGACCACCAUUAAGUCACUAAAAAAAGAAGUUCAGGAGAAAGAAGAACGGAUUCGGGAACUGCAAGCUAAGGUUUCUCGGUUGGAGAGGGACCUUAAUAUGAAAAGACAUUUGAUAGAAGACUUAAGGUCUCGUCUAAAAGCAAGUCAACAAAAUGAGGCAACCUCUAAUGGUACCUUAGGAAAUCUUGAGAGAAAGGUAAAGUCACUGGCUGAAGACUGUUCAAACAAAAAAACUUCCAUUGACUUGCUGAAACAAAGACUCAGUGAGGCUACAAAAGAGAAGUCUGAAUAUGAGCAGAUGUACCGCAAGGCUAAAGAUGAAUUGGAGAAAAAGGAUCUCGAGCUUACCAAUCUAGAGAAAAAAAUCAUGGAGUCUGAAUGUGCCAUGACUAAACUUGAGACUACUGCAUCUCAACAACUGUGUGAUUUGGCUAAACAGAGUGAACAAGCUUUGGAAACUGUACACAAAAAGCUGCUGCUCAACAAGGACAAAGUAGAAGAGUUCACGACAUUUGUGAAGGCACUGACCAGAGAGAUACAGGACAGCAUACAAGAGCUGAGAACAAAAAUUAAACAAGCCAAAAAAGUGAGAGAAGUGAGAUCGUGCAAAAAAGGUCUUUCCCAUGAGUCUGUUCAGUUGGCAGCAUCUAUCCUUAAUGUUUCAACCACUGAUCUUGAGGAGAUAUUAGAAGUAGAAGAUGAUGAGGAAACAGCAAAGACAAAAACGGAAUUUGAAAAAGAUAAAGAAUGGCUGCAGUAUGUAGAGAAACUUCUUGAAGCACAGUUUCCUUUUGCCUCGUACUUAAUGGAUGCCAUACUGGAAAAAUUAAAUGAGAGGAAGAAACUGGUAGAAGACUACAAUUCUCUCCUGAAACACACUUUAUGAUUGUUGCUAAGACCUGUCUUUGAAAACUGUGACUAAAACUUGGGUGCUGUUUCCUCAUUUUUCUUUCCUUUUCACAUAAAGAACUGUCAAUAUGCAUGUUCAAUACUGAAGUAGAAACUGUGAACUGAUUAAUUGUUGAACAAGGGGAAUUAAUUACAUUUCUAUUUGGAAAGGAGUGUGGUGUUUGAUUCCUGAAGAAAAAAAAAUGGCUGAAAAUGAAUGCAGAAUUAUAUAUUAAAUGUGUUAGCAGUAAACACCAGUGAUUAGGGUUUUUAAUGCCUUAUUUCUUCUACCUUCUUUGUAAAUCUCAUUUUUAUAACAUAUGCUGCAUAGACUGCUAUGUUUGCUUUAUUGGUGGAAGAAAUGCAAAAAUAAAUGUUUGUAGAAAAUAAAGUAUUCCACGUAGAGUUAUACCUCUGAUAAAAGUUGCAUUCUCUUCUGAGUUGGGAGAAUGUGUGUACAGAGAAUGUAGUUGUAUUUUA